AUGACUUCACGAGAGAAUGCUCGUGGCAGACUGCGUUCCCAUGAAGCCUGUCUCAACUGCAGGAGAAAGAAGAUCCGAUGUCCGGCCGAGAAACCGGCUUGUUCCAGCUGUGUUCGAUUAAAUCAGACGUGCCUCUAUACAUCAGUACCGAGAGGUUCAAGAGGAGCGCAGUCUGACGACAGGCUCGCAUUUCUGGAAGAGAAGGUAAACCUCAUUUUAAGUGGCACCAGACCUAGCCAAUCGAUUCGAUCAGACCAGCUGCCAGAGGCGAAAGGCAAUGGAAAUCCAGAAACAUCAUACCCUACAGAACGGCGACCAUCCAUCGAACCGACAGGCACGACCAAGGAUCAGAUGUUCCUUGGUCUUGGCUAUGAAGACCAGAUAUCCCAUCCCUCCUCGUCUGCGAUCGCCAAAGCCAUCGACCUUUAUUUCGAAUACUGCCAUCGACAACCAAUUUGGUGUUUCGAGCGUGAAGAGAUCGCAGACCCGAGCUAUCUGUCAGAGGAGCUCGUCUGUUCUCUCCUCGCCUUGACUUCUCGAUUCUCCCGAGAUCGCGAUCACCUACGACACUAUGGCGAUAGUGCCAGAAGUCUGAUCAUGCUUCGCAUGGCUAAUGGCACGGUCGAGCUCGAAACGAUCGAGAGUCUCUGCCUGCUUUCAUAUUCCUCUUUCCUCGAUGGCAACAUACAUCUUGGCCGCUUCCAUCUUGGUCUCGCUCUGCAUCUUUGUCGGUCAGCAACCCUAGAUCUCGAAUCGAGUUAUGGCGGCGAAGGUCCCAUAAACGAACGAAAGAAGCGCCUAUACUGGAGUCUACAGUGCUUGGAGCAAUAUUAUGGGCAGCAAAAUGGGUAUCUCUGUGUACCCUCGGAAUUGAUGCGCACAUUCUUCGUUACCUCCCAGAGCGACCGCGCAACGCAAGAUGGCACUGAAAUAAACCCACCACCGCUACCUAGAGAUGACCUUGGCUGCACGAAAUUCUCCGAUACAGGAAUUUGGAGUCUAGCGGCCCACUUUGGCUGGGUAUGGAGCCGGGUCCGAAGAUACGUCUCCGAAUGUGCUCGGAACAGACUUAAAGAGCCCUGGCGACACGAUUCCAUGUACUCCAUGAUACUUUCCGACCUUACAGAAAUCGAGAACAAGCUUUCCCAGUGUCAUCGAUAUGACUCCGUUAAAUUCUACGAGCGGACGGCAGAGCAACUGAAAAUCAACCGGAAAUACUGGACUCCGUGGUUGAAGCUUCAGUUCACGUAUCAUUCCAUUAUGACCGUUUUGAACCACCCCUUCCUCUAUAUUGUGGCAUCGCAAUACAACGAAAAUCUAGCAAUCCCGAACACAUUCUGGAGACGAUCAUCUGAGUUAGUGCUGUUGCACGCUACAUGGGUUGUUCGAUUGAUAGAUAUGAUAACUGAAAAGAAAUUCCGACUGAUCGAUCCAUUUUUUGGACACGUCGCGGCCAUGGCUGCUACAGUACAUCUGUACUACUGCUGUGCUGCGGACGCUCGAUUGAAGUACAAAUCCAAGGUUGAUUUCACGAAAUGCAGAAGGUUCCUGAAGAGCUUUGUAUCCUUCUCUCCUGCUUGUCACAUUUUGGAUCAAACACUGGACAAAAUGACUCGCAUUGCGUCUGGUUCGGAAAACAUCGAUUACGACUGGGAGCCCGAGAAAAUUCAUCUCAGUAUCCCUCUUAUGUGGGAUGUUCUUCAGGUCAACUGCAAGCCCAAACCACAUGAAGUGUCCACGGGCGGCUUAUUACAUCCCUCAUUGACACCAACGGUUUCUACGGAAGAGGAGGAGGAUAACCCGGCCUCCACUGUGGAGGUCAUUGUUGCAAUAUCCCCGAAUGUUACUGUGAAUACUGCGGACGGUGGACUAGCUGCUCACAUGCCACCAACCAUGCCGCGCGUAUCCUCCGCGCCCGCUUCUCCCGACAUGGACCUUGCAGAGAAACUCCUGGCCCCUGCAGACAGUUUAAUGACCAAUACACCCUGGCUAUGGGCGGAUCCCUCGCAGUUUGUCGAUAUGGAGAACAGCCUGGGAUAUCCAGAUUCGGAAUCCGGUCUGGGGAACAUUGAUGGGUUCUCAACUUGGUGGGACUUUGGAAACUUAUAG